CAAGAGAUUGGAAGAAUCCACAUCUGAAACUAAAACCCAGAAACCAGAGUUAAUGCUUCUCUGUGCCAAUCUAAGCCAGCCUUGGACCUCAGCGCUGCCAACUCUCGUUCUGCUCCGGAAAUGCAAGACUUGGAACGACGUAAACCAAAUCCAUGCGCGUUUAAUAACAACUGGUUUCAUCAGAAGUCUCGCCCUCACCACCAAAAUCGUACUCGCUUUCUCUUCUUCACCGUUCUCUCCCCUUGUCGAAUUUUCCCGCCAUGUCUUCUUCACGCACCAUGCUUUCCGAUUCCCUGAACAAGAAAUGGACCCUUUUCUUUGGAACGCAGCCAUAAAAUCGUAUUCGCAUGGGCGAGACGCGAAACAAGCGUUUGUUAUGCUCUGUUUGAUGCUUGAAAAUGGGGUUCAUUUUGAUACGUUCUCGUUGUCUUUGGUACUUAAAGCGUGUUCUCGGUUGGGCUUAAUGAAGGAAGGAAUGCAGGUUCAUGGCUUGUUGAGAAAGCUGAAUUUUGAGUCUGAUUUAUUUUUACAAAAUUGUUUGAUUUCUUUGUAUUUACGCUGUGGAUUUGUUGGAUAUGCGCGCCAGUUGUUUGAUAGAAUGUGUAGGCGGGACUCUGUUUCGUAUAAUUCGAUGAUUGAUGGGUAUAUUAAAACGGGGAUGAUUCAUCUGGCAAGAGAGUUAUUUGAAUUUAUGCCAAUGGAGGAUAAGAAUUUGAUAACUUGGAAUUCUAUGAUUAGUGGUUAUGCGCAAUUGGAAAAUGGGAUGGGUUUGGCUUUGAAAUUGUUUGAGGAAAUGCCUGAUAGGGACUUGAUUUCGUGGAACUCGAUGAUUAAUGGGUUUGUAAAGUGUGGGAAUAUGGAAGAUGCACAGUCUUUGUUUGUUAAGAUGCCGAAAAGGGAUGUCGUCAGCUGGGCUAAUAUGAUCAAUGGAUAUGCUAAAGUAGGUAAGAUUGAUCUAGCUAGGCGUUUGUUUAAUGAAAUGUCGGAAAGAGAUGUUGUUGUGUGUAAUGCCAUGAUGGCUGGUUAUGUCCAAAAUGGAUAUUGUUCAGAGGCUUUAGAAAUAUUUUAUCAUGUGCAAAGGGAUCGCAAUUUGCAACCUGAUAAUGCCACAUUGUUGAUUGUUCUUUCAGCGAUUGCACAAUUAGGGCGCAUUGAGAAAGGGUUGGCAAUACAUCAGUAUAUAGAGGAGAACAAGUUUUCUUUGAGCGGAAGACUUGGCGUUGCUCUUAUUGACAUGUAUUCAAAAUGUGGCAGUGUCAAGAAUGGUAUGUUGGUUUUUGAGAGUAUAGAAGAUAAAAGUGUUGACCAUUGGAAUGCUAUGAUUGGUGGGCUAGCCAUUCAUGGCUUGGGUGAAUUGGCUUUCAGUUUGCUCAUAGAGAUGCAAAGGCUUUCUGUAGAACCUGACGAUAUCACAUAUAUUGGGGUGCUGAAUGCUUGUGGGCAUGCCGGCUUGGUGAAGGAAGGUCUGAUUUGUUUUGACAUCAUGAGAAGAGUUCACAAAAUGGUGCCAAAACUGAAACAUUAUGGAUGCAUCGUUGACAUCCUUGGCCGGGCAGGGCAGAUAGCAGAAGCAAGAAAAUUUAUAGAGGAAAUGCCUAUUGAAGCCAAUGAUGUGAUUUGGAGGUCUUUGCUUAGUGCUUGCAAAAAUCAUGAAAACAUUGAUGUUGGAGAACCAGUGGCUGAGCAUUUAAUUACACUGGACUCUUGUAAUUCAAGUGCUUAUAUACUUCUAUCCAACAUGUAUGCUGGUCUCGGUAUGUGGAAUGCUGUCAGUAAGGUUAGGAUGAGGAUGAAAGAGAGAAACCUAAAGAAAAUUCCCGGUUGUAGUUGGAUUGAACUAGAGGGAAUUGUUCAUGAGUUCUUUGUGCAAGAUAAGUCCCAUCCCCAAGUUAUGGAGAUCUAUUCUUUGUUGGAUAGUUUCUCAACAUCCAAUUCAGAGGUCACACCUUGUGGACGUCUUGGUUAGGUUGGAACCGCUGAACGCCUACAAAUCAAUUGUAGAUAACAAAGAGCUUGCUUCGUGUAGGUGUAGUAGCAAGGAGAACACCUAGUUUUACCAGCUUCACGAGCUGCCUUAUUUAAAACAUUUUGGACACCAACUGUAUUCUGUUCAAUUAAUGUAAGUCAAAUGUAAGUAAUUAUGGAAAUUAAUCCUUUUUCCAAUAUCAUAUUAGUGAUUUUUCCUUCUUUUGUCUA